UGCUACCAGCAGCUGAUCAGAGCACUUUCUCAGUCCUCCACUGUUUUGAGCCAGUGAUCUUCUCUCCUUGGAUCUUGUAUACUCAAGAAACAGAGGAAAAAGCAGACUGUCAGAAUCAUUCAGAUUUGAUAUUCAGCACUGUUAUGAUCUCUUCAUUACUGGAUGUUGAGUCUAGAUAUCAGAACCUGCGGAUUAAAGUACUCUCCUAUUAACCUGAGGGACCAACCGAAGAUCAAUGAAAUAUCAAAGGGACGAAUGCAAACAGGAAAUCUAGGUCUCUCAAAGUGAAAAGCAAGCAGGCUGUCCCUAUUCUGCCCUUUCCUGAAAGCUAAAUGUCAUGGCUGUGCUGCUAGUCCCUGUGCAGCUGCUGGCGGUGGCUGUCACCAUUUACUUGGAGCUAGUGAGAUCCAUUCAGGGCGGUGUCUAUUAUGGGAUCAAGCAGCUGCCACCCCAGGUGCCCCAGUACCAAGCCCUCGGACAACAAGUACCUCAUAUGCCGCUGGGCAAAGAAGGCAUCCCAAUGCAGCACAUGGGCAAGGAAGUGCCACACAUGCAGUAUGGGAAGGAGUAUCCCCAUCUGCCUCAGUACAUGAAGGAGGUCCCACAGAUGCCUCUGCUCGGCAAGGACAUGGCUCCAAAGAAAGAAAAAGAAAUGCCUGUACUCAGUUUGAGAGGCGAGCAAGGUCCCCCUGGUGAGCCUGGACCAAGAGGGCCACCAGGGCCACCAGGAUUACCAGGUCAUGGAGUGCCAGGAGCCAAAGGAAAACCAGGUCCACAGGGAUAUCCUGGGAUUGGGAAGCCAGGUUUGCCUGGCAUGCCUGGGAAGCCAGGAGUCAUGGGGCCCCCGGGGCAGAGAGGGGAGAUGGGACCGAAGGGAGAGGUUGGGCCCAUGGGAAUACCGGGGCCCCAAGGACCGCCGGGACCUCACGGACUUCCUGGCAUAGGAAAAGCAGGUGCUCCAGGACUACCAGGACAACCAGGACCAAAAGGUGAGCCUGGGAUGAAAGGGCCCCCGGGAGCCCCUGGCAUCCCAGGGCCAAAAGGAGAAAAAGGUGUUGGGAUUCCAGGUUUACCUGGUUUAAAAGGUCCACCCGGAUUACCUGGUCCUCCAGGCCCGGUAGGGCUGCCGGGGGUCGGGAAGCCGGGAAUGGUUGGGUUUCCAGGCCCCCAGGGACCACUGGGUAAACCAGGCCCCCCAGGGGAGCAGGGCCUACCAGGGCCCCCGGGGGUGCCAGGGAUCCAGGGCCCCCCAGGCCUGCCAGGGGUUGGCAAGCCAGGCCAGGACGGCAUCCCUGGCCAACCUGGCUUCCCGGGUGGCAAAGGAGAGCAAGGAUUGCCGGGCUUACCAGGGCCCCCCGGCCUCCCCGGCGUUGGGAAGCCUGGCUUCCCCGGGCCUAAAGGCGACCGCGGCAUGGGUGGCCUGCCCGGCCCCCUGGGGCCUAAGGGAGAGAAGGGACAUGCAGGGCCACCAGGCAUGGGGGGGCCCCCGGGGGAGCCGGGACAGCCCGGACUGCCAGGAGUCAUGGGCCCCCCGGGUGCUGUCGGCUUCCCAGGCCCCAAAGGAGAAGGCGGAGCAGUGGGGCCGCAAGGGCCUGUUGGCCCCAAGGGGGAACCAGGCCUGCAGGGGUUCCCAGGAAAGCCAGGUUUUCCUGGGGAAGUAGGGCCCCCCGGGCUUCGGGGGCUGCCAGGCCCCAUAGGGCCCAAGGGCGAAGCUGGUCACAAAGGCUUGCCGGGUGUCCCAGGUGUCCCGGGGCUUGUGGGGCCCAAGGGUGAGCCGGGGCUCCCCGGUGCCCAGGGGCUGCAGGGUCCCUCGGGGAUCCCAGGCAUUGCAGGCCCCAGCGGUCCCAUUGGCCCACCGGGGCUGCCAGGGGCCAAGGGUGAACCCGGCCUGCCUGGCCCCCCAGGCUUCCCCGGCGUGGGCAAGCCCGGCGUGGCGGGGCUGCAGGGCCCCCCGGGAAAGCCCGGCGCGCUCGGUCCCCCCGGGCAGCCCGGCCUCCAGGGACCUCCCGGGCCCCCCGGGCCCCCCGGACCUCCCGUCGUCAUCCCACCCACGCCGCCGGCCGUCGGACAGUACCUGCCCGAGGUGGGGCCCGGGGUCGAGGGCGUGAAACCGCCCUACGGCUACGCCGGCAAGAAGGGCAAGAACGGCGGCGUGGUCUACGAGAUGCCCGCCUUCACUGCGGAGCUCCUCACGCCCUUCCCGCGGGUCGGCGUGCCCGUGAAAUUUGACAAGCUCCUCUACAACGGCCGGCAGAACUACAACCCACAGACGGGCAUCUUCACCUGCGAGAUCCCCGGGAUUUACUACUUCGCCUACCACGUUCACUGUAAAGGGGCCAGCGUCUGGGUGGCCUUGUUCAAGAACAACGAGCCGCUGAUGUACACCUACGACGAGUACAAGAAAGGCUUCCUGGACCAAGCUUCCGGCAGCGCCGUUGUUCAGCUCAUGCACGGAGACAAAGUUUACGUUCAAAUGCCAUCCGAGCAGGCAGCAGGACUCUAUGCCGGGCAAUACGUUCACUCUUCUUUUUCAGGAUAUUUAUUGUAUCCCAUGUAAAAUAACAAAAAUCAGACCAAAAAAAAAAAAAAAAAAAGAAUCAAAACCUUUCUUCUCUGCUUCAAUCUUUUAUACCAUGAAAGAUGCAUUUAAUGACCGUUUUGGACCGUCUUGUACAAAAAGAAUAAAUACAAAGUUUAACAUUAUGCACAGCUAGUUAUAAAAAAAAUGGUGGGGUGAACAUAUUUAAAGACGUGUAUCAGGUUCAUAAACAGUUGUUUUGUACCCAAUGGGGACAUAUUAGCUGUACGUUAUAUAUUUCUGUGAUACCAUGCUUAUUUCAUUUCAUUCACAAUAAUACAGUACUAAGGUUCAAAUCAGUGUACGUCACUCACUCCUGUUGUGUAUUUGACUGAUGCAUUGAUCAUACUUAUAAGAUAAAAAUAGUAACUUAAAAUAGAGCAAGUCAGCCUCAAAUAAUACAGAAAAA